AUGUCUAAUAAUAUUUUAGUUCUUCAUUUUUUUGUGUUCCUCUAUGUGAUUAUUAAGGUAUCUUCUAAAUUUGAGUUCACCAAUAUCGAGUGCAACUCAAUCGAUCCCGAUUUCGCUGAUUUUGAUUAUUGCUAUCUUAAGUCGGUUAAUCGGAGCUACAAAUACAUGUCACUCAAAGUGAAUGUUUAUAAAAAACCCGUUUCCAAAUUUAAAGUUAAUAUGUUACUGUUAAAGCGGUUUAAUGGCUAUCGACCUUUUAUGUAUAAUGUCACCGUGGAUAUGUGCAGAUUUAUGAAAAAGCCUGACAUAAACCCCAUCGCCAAUUACUUCUAUGAGCUCUUUAAAACCUAUUCAAAUCUUAAUCAAUCGUGUCCUUUUACAGAAGAUGUUAUCGUGGAUAAACUGCCUGCCACCUUUGUAAAUAAUCAUAUCACAAGUUUACCUUUCCCAGAUGGGGAUUACUGUUUGGAAUCACAUUGGUUUGCCUACGAAGUCAAAAGAGCGACGGUUAAAGUGUUUGGCACUUUAAUCUGA